CAUGCGUGUAGUGCUCCUCUAUCCCACCGUCCACUCCACUCCACUCCCGUGACUCCAUUUCCAUCUUCCCAAAUCCCACCAAUCAAAUCCUUAAUCUCAACCAAUCAUUCAUUAAUAAUCAAAUCUAUCUCCAUAAUUAUGCAGCUCAGACGCCCUAUAAAACACCCCCCAAAUCCAAAGCACAACCAAUUCCCCAAUCUCAAUUCCCUAUUCCUCAUUCCCAUGGCCGCCCUAAUCUCCUUCGCCCUCCUCUCCCUCCUCCUCCUCCCCUCCCUCUCCGCCCGCCUCCACCCAAACCCCCACAUUUCCGCCACCAACAUUCUUGUCACUGACCUCUGCAAGGCCUCACUCGAUCCCCAAAAAUGUCAAUCCUACUUCCCCCAAUUACCCCCCGGCGCCACCGUCAUUGACGGAAUCCAAUCCGCUCUCAAACUCUCCUCUCAGAAUAUCAAUUUAGGCCGGGGAAUGGUCCAGCAGAUCCUCGAUUCCUCCGCGUCCAGCAGCAACCGCACCGCCGCAUCCAAAACCUGCCUCGACCUCCUCCGCUACGCCGAUCACCGCACCAAUCUCGCCGCCACCGACGCCCUGCCACACGGGAGGAACAAGGACGCCCGCGCGUGGCUCAGCGCCGCGCUCGUCUACCAAUACGACUGCUGGUCGACGCUCAAAUACGCCAACGACACCUCCCUCGUCGACAAAACGAUGGCGUUUUUCCACUCCUCCGUGAUCCCCUCCGGCAGCGAUUCCCUCUCCAUGGUGUUAAAUUACGACGUUUUUGGUGAUAAAACCGGGCUGUGGGGCCCGGCGAGGACGGAGCGGGACGGAUUCUGGGAGCCCGCGCCAGCUCCGGGCGGGCCCGGCCCGGCCGGAGGCGUACCGCGUGAUUUGAAGGCGGAUGUGGCGGUGUGCAAGAAGGGGUGUGAGUAUGAAAGUGUGCAGAAGGCGGUGGAUGCUGCGCCGGAUAAUGCCGGGCCUGGGUCCCGGUUCGUGAUAUGGAUCAAGGCGGGGGUGUAUGAGGAGACUGUGCGGGUGCCGCUGGAGAAGAGGAACGUGGUUUUCAUGGGGGAUGGGAUCGGCAAAACCGUCAUUUCCGGGUCGUUGAACGUUGGGAAGCAAGGCAUUUCUACAUACAACUCAGCUACAGUUGCUGUUGUUGGUGACGGAUUUAUGGCGACUGGUCUCACCAUCCAGAACACGGCAGGCCCGGAUGCUCAUCAAGCAGUAGCUUUCCGAUCCGGCAGCGACCUCUCUGUAGUGGAAAACUGUGAAUUCCUCGGCAAUCAAGACACCCUCUACGCGCACAGCCUACGUCAGUACUACAAGUCGUGCCGCAUCCAGGGCAAUGUCGACUUCAUAUUUGGAAACUCGGCUUCGUUCUUCCAAGACUGCCUCAUCCUUGUCGCUCCUCGCCAGUUGAACCCAGAGAAGGGCGAGAACAAUGCCGUGACGGCCCAUGGAAGGAUAGACCCCGCUCAAUCAACGGGUUUCGUCUUCCAAGACUGUGUGAUCAAUGGUACAGACGCGUACAUGGCGCUGUACCACAGCAAGCCCAAGGUGCACAAGAACUACCUUGGCAGGCCGUGGAAAGAGUACUCGAGGACUGUUUUCAUCCAUUGCACGCUCGAGGCUCUCAUCAUGCCGGAUGGAUUUUUGCCUUGGAGUGGCGACUUCGCUCUCAAGACCUUGUAUUAUGGUGAAUUCGAAAACCGGGGACCCGGGUCGGAUACGGCGAAGCGAGUGAGCUGGAGCAGCCAGAUUCCGGCCGAGCAUGCGGGUUCGUUUUCUGUGGGGAAUUUCAUCCAAGGGAAUGAAUGGAUCCCUGCGUUGUUGCCGUGAAAUCGACCUCUCCUACUGUAGUUGCAGGUAUCGUUAUGAUGCAACUUAUGCUUAUACAUUGUGAAGAGAGGAAGAUUGAGUGACAAAUGUAAUUAGAGAAAUUACCAUGAUUUUAGUUAUGGUUUAACUAAACUUGAUUAGGAAAAAGAAUUUGCUUAAGCAUACCUAAGUUGAGCUUAGUUGGGCUAAAGACCAAGUCUAAUAUUGGUAAUACUCCUCGGUUAGACUAUUUCCAUCUGGGACCCUCGUUGAACCAUCUUAUCAUCUAAUGAUACUGAGCAAAAAAGUAGAGAUCUA